AUGUUAAGAAAAGGAAUGCUAAUUCAUCUAUUAAAUCGAUCCGUUUUAUCAGUGAGAGGUGUUGAUGCGGCGGCUUUUUUACAGGCGACAACUACCAAUGAUAUAAAUUUAUUGAAAGCGAAUGAAGCCUUAUAUAGUCUACUGUUGAAUUCUCGUGGUCGAAUUGUACACGACAUGAUUAUUUAUAAACAAGAUGCUAAUGGAUGUUUCUUUAUCGAAUGUGACGCAUCUCAUUGCGGCAAAUUGCAAAACAUUUUUAAUAUGUAUAAAAUGCACAAAUCAGUAAUAAUCGAGAAAAGUAUUUUGAAAGUCUUCUACUCCGACAGUAUCCAUACUGGAUCAGUUAAGGAUCCGAGAGUUGCAUCAUUUGGGAACAGAGUUUUAUCAGAAAACGUACCAGAUGGGACUCUAAGCGACAUGAUGAAUUACCAGGAAAAGAGAUUUGAUUAUGGUAUUGUCGAAGGCGUAGCUGAGACUAGCGGAGAAAUCCCUUUCACCAACAAAGGCUGUUACAUUGGCCAAGAAUUAACAAAUCGUAGUAUGACCGUUCUUGAAAUAAGGAAAAGAGUCUUCCCGUUCACGUGCUCUGAUAUGGUAUCUGGUACAGUCUUGAACGAGAGGAGCGAAACUGUUGGCAGAAUAAUAGCUUGUAACGGACGUAAAGGUCUAGCUUUAGUAAAUCUCAAAAAAGGAUCUACUAACAGCUUCCAAACAUCGAAGGGUUCAAUCGCUCUUUGUGUACCACAUUGGUGGCCAUAUAAUUUAUCCAGAAAAUGCAUGAUUAAAUAA